UCCGCCGCGCCCGCCGCCGCCGCCGCACCAUGCCGGGGCCCCGCGGGCUCUGCCUGCUCGCCCUGCUGCUGGGCAGCCCCGCGGCCCCGCGGCCAGACAGCGGAUCAGGGGCAGUGCUGGUCCCCGCCAGCCCAGACCCUCUUGCUGCGGAUGAGCUGGUGGACAAGAUGGUUGCUGGAGCCAGGGAUCUUGGGCAUGCUACUGCCCUCAACCUGCUGCCGGCUGCGGAGGACGGCGCUGAUCUGUCGGUGGAAGAGACGACGCUGCUGGUGCGGAGCCAUGUCCUGCCAGCACCCACUGCUGCCCCUGACACUGACACAAAACAAACUUUCCCGGUUAAGAAAAAGCCACCUACUCUAAAGCAAGUAAAUACAGCAAGGAAGCACCUGAGGCCCAAGCCCACCCUGCCAGGCCCCCCCAGGGCUGCCUCCUCAGUCAGCCCACUGGGCUCCGGCCUCCACACUGCCUCCCAAGAGCCACGUCUGCCAGCGGAGGCAGUGGCUGGGGUGGGGGACGCAGAGCAGAGCACCCCCGAGCUGCCCUGGGGGGGGCAGGCCACCACCAGCCACCCUGCACUGCAGAUCUCCCCAUCCACCCUGCCGCCGGUGGUCCCCCAGCCCUUCCCUGGCAGCGUGGGCGAUGCCAGUGAGGCUCCGACCGCAGCUCCCACCAGCGCCGCCAUUAACCAGACGAACAGUGCAGAGAGCGAGAUGCACGGCUCCGCGUUGGAAGAGAGCCAAGAAACCACCACGUCCACCAUCAUCACCACCACCGUCAUAACCACGGAGCCCACCCCGGUCCUCUGCAGCAUGAGCUUCCACGAACCCGAGGGCUACAUCGACUCCACGGACUACCCCCCGCUGCCCCUGCACAGCUACCUGGAGUGCACCUACAAUGUCACCGUCUACACAGGCUAUGGCGUCGAGCUGCAGGUGAAGAGCGUGAACCUGUCAGACGGGGAGGUGCUCUCCAUCCGUGGGGUGGACGGCGAUGCCCUGGUGGUCCUGGCCAACCAGACCCUGCUGGUGGAGGGCCAGGUGAUCCGCAGCCCCACCAACACUAUCUCCGUCUACUUCCGCACCUUCCAAGAUGAGGUGGUGGGGACCUUCCAGCUUCACUACCAGGUGUUUAUGCUGAGCUGCAACUUUCCACGGAGACCUGACUUCGGAGACGUCACUGUGAUGGAUUUGCACUCGGGUGGAAUUGCUCAUUUUCACUGUCACCUGGGCUAUGAGCUGCAGGGUCCCAGGGUGCUUACAUGCAUCAACGCAUCGAGGCCGCACUGGAGCAGCCCAGAGCCAAUCUGCUCAGCACCCUGCGGCGGGGCAGUCCACAACGCCACCAUCGGCCGCGUCCUCUCGCCCAGCUACACGGGGAACCAGUCCAGCAGCAUGUACUGCGUGUGGGUGAUCGGGGCCCCCCCGGGCCAGAAGCUGCACCUGCACUUCGAGAAGCUCCUGCUGACCGAGAAGGACAGGAUGGUGGUGUACAGCGGGGACACGAACCAGUCCGCUGUCCUCUACGACUCGCUGCGUGCCGACAGCGUGCCCUUCGAAGGGGUGAUCAGCGACGGCUCCGCCAUCAGGAUCGACUUCCUCGCGGAGGAGCCCGCAGCCGCCACAGCUUUCAACAUACGCUUUGAAGCCUUCGAGCGGGGCCACUGCUAUGAGCCCUACAUCCAGAACGGGAACUUCACCACCUCUGACCCCACCUACAACCUGGGCACCACCGUGGAGUUCACGUGCGACCCUGGGCACUCCCUGGAGCAGGGCCCUGCCGUCAUUGAGUGCGUCAACAUGCGGGACCCAUACUGGAAUGAUACGGAGCCACUGUGCCGAGCCAUGUGCGGGGGGGAGCUGACUGCCGUGGCCGGGGUGAUCCUGUCCCCCAACUGGCCAGAGCCCUACACAGAGGGAGAGGACUGCAUCUGGAGGGUCCACGUUGGCGAGGAGAAGCGGCUCUUCCUGGACAUCCAGCUCCUGAACCUCACCAACAGCGACAUCCUCACCAUUUACGAUGGGGAUGAGCUCACCGCCCGCAUCCUGGGGCAGUAUGUUGGCAGCAGUGGUCCCCAGAAGCUCUAUUCCUCCAGCCCUGACCUCACCAUCCAGUUCCACUCAGACCCUGCUGGGCUCAUCUUUGGGAAGGGGCAAGGAUUCAUCAUGAACUAUAUAGAGGUGUCCCGCAACGACUCCUGCUCCGACCUGCCUGAAAUCCAGAAUGGCUGGAAGACCACGUCACACACAGAGUUGGUGAGAGGAGCAAAGAUCACCUACCAGUGCGACCCAGGCUACGACAUCGUGGGGAGCGACACCCUCACCUGCCAGUGGGACCUCAGCUGGAGCAGCGACCCCCCCUUCUGUGAAAAGAUUAUGUACUGCACGGACCCAGGGGAGGUGGAGCACUCGACUCGCCUCAUCUCCGACCCGGUGCUGCUGGUGGGGACCACCAUUCAGUACACAUGCAACCCUGGCUUCGUGCUGGAGGGCAGCUCGCUGCUGACCUGCUACAGCCGUGAGACUGGGACACCCAUCUGGACCUCACGGCUCCCACACUGUGUCUCUGAGGAGUCACUGGCCUGCGAUAAUCCAGGACUGCCAGAAAAUGGCUACCAAAUACUUUAUAAGCGCCUCUACUUGCCAGGAGAGUCCCUGACCUUCAUGUGCUAUGAGGGCUUUGAACUCAUGGGGGAGGUUACCAUCAAAUGCAUCCUGGGCCAACCAUCCCACUGGAGCGGACCCCUGCCCAUCUGCAAAGUGAAUCAAGACAGCUUUGAACAUGCUCUGGAAGUAGCAGAAGCUGCUGCAGAGACAUCGCUUGAGGGGGGAAAUAUGGCCUUAGCCAUAUUCAUCCCGGUGCUGAUCAUCUCCUUGCUGCUGGGAGGAGCGUACAUCUAUCUCACAAGGUGUCGGUACUACUCCAGCCUCCGCCUGCCCCUCAUGUACUCCCACCCCUACAGCCAGAUCACGGUAGAAACAGAGUUCGACAACCCAAUUUAUGAGACAGGGGAAACAAGAGAAUACGAAGUUUCGAUAUAAGGACAGCAGUAAGAGAGUCUCCAGCUGCAAACUUAAUGUACUCUCAUAGAACUUCCUCAGUAACUAAUCCAGAGACCAUGUGGAGUUUGGUUGGACCCCUGGACCUGCUGUUGUCUUUCCUUUUGCCUCUUUAUUGAAGAUUUUACUGUUUUCUUCACUGUAUUUAUUCUAUUUAAACUGCGAUAGGUGUGCUGCAGAGCCCCAGGCGCAGGCAGCAGCGGGAGCCAGGGCAGAGCCUGGUCCCAGUGAGGCCAGGGUGGCAUGGGGGCUCCCGCUGUCCGCCCCCCAGGCACAGUGGCACGUACCCUGGCCCUGCCCACACCCACACAGGGGGAUUUUUGCGGUUCUGAUAUUGUUAAAAAUUAAAAAUGUCUCCAUUGCAAGAGCCUGCAGUUGAUUGCUGGGAGCUGAGGUAGGUGCAGGGUUUGCCGCAGAGUUCUGCCAGCGCUGCCAGCCCUCCCAUCCCAUAGCUCCUGGCUCCCUUCGCCUGGAGCAGGAGCUGAAGCCAGGAGCUCAGGGGCUUGUGUGCCACUGGGGCAGGGACCGUCCUUGCUGUGAGGAAGUGGAGCACGCCUCAGGAAAGCUGCCAGCCGGCGCAGAGCCCUGCUUGCCAUGCCAGGGUGCAGGGAAUGGCCUGGCAUGCACAAGGUACAUGCCGCUUUCUUUUCCCACUUUGCUUUGGAUGCUGGAGAGGCAGCGAGCCAGGACUCACAGCUCUACGGAGAAGCAUUAACCAGCGACACCCCCAGCAGCCCACUGCCUGGGAGCCGUGGGAAACCUCCCUGGGCACUGGGAGCAGAGCAGACAAUGCUUCUUUGCUCAUACCAGUUGUUCCUCAUUAGUAACACUUACCGUGACCCUUGCCAGGAAAAUCCCAGUGCCACUGCCAGGACCCUUGCCCCACUGUAGUAUCUCAGGGUAAGCAGGAUGGACUGGGCUCCCUGCCGCUGCUCCCGCUGGCUGCAGAGCUCCCCUUUGCUGCAGGAGGGUCCGCUCCCUGCCCCGUGUGUGAGCAGCUACAUCGGCACAGCACCGGGCAGAGACUAGGGCAGUGCAGCCGACCCAGCACCUCCCACCCAGACCCCCAGCAGCUCCCACCCAAAGCCCCCAGGGUUGGCACUUUUCUGGGGCUCCCAGCUAGGCAGGAGAUGGAGAGAGGCAGGGGAUGAAGGUGGAGGUUUUUUGGGGAAGGAAAGGCAGGCAGGCAGCAUGGCUGGGCUCCAGUGAGGGAGACCAGCCUGGAGGGAGCAGAAGAGGCAGAAGUCAGCCCAUCAAAGCUGGUCCCACCAUGGGCGAAGUCCAGUUUGAGCCUCAGCAUCCCCCACACUCCUUCACUGCCUUCACCCCUGCCACAGCCGGACACUGGCAGGGCUGCUCCCCAUCUGUGGGAACACAGGCCCCCAAAGGGCCAUGCCCUCCCCGGGUCACCCACGCCGCCAGCCCCCCGGCCAGGCCCUGGGGAAGGCAGCAAAGCUGCUGACGUGUCCUUGGCUGCUGGUGUCUUUCUUUUGUCCUUGUAGAACGGCAGUUGUAACCACGGGAGGCUGGUUUAGUUUCAGGAUGGUUAGUGCAACUCUGCAGUGUACAGCUGAGACUUAGUUUUUUUCCUUUAAAAACAAUGAAUGUGUGUUUGUAAUUUGUAAAGGUAAAAAAAAAGAAAAAAAAGAAAAAAAUGUGCCAAAAAUGUACUAAGCAUUUCAUUUCCCUUCAUACAUGACUGUUUUUAUAAGAACAAUGUGAAAAUUGCUGGGAUUAAAUAUUUUUGAACAUGAUAAAGUACUUC